AUGCUCUCGGCGGUACUUCACGUGGCGGAAGGGCUAGAGGCGAGGGCGGUGCCAGAGUUGCUGUUCGAGCGCGCGGAGGAGGCCCAAGCUGCGCGUCAACGAGGCGCUGGGGCCAUAGCGUUGGUGCAGAACCCCCUCAGCUCAGGUCGCACGAAACACAUCGACGUGAGAUUUCAUUUCAUCCGCGGAUUGUUUAUGUCGGGGGAUAUUUCGGUCAAGUUCGUUCCGACAACGGAGCAACACGCGGACCUCUUUACCAAGGCCCUUAGCAGGGGUAGUCUGCAGUACCACCGGCGCAAGUUGAUGAAAUUGCCAGAGUAGCUGUAGCAGCCCCUAGCACUUGGGAGAGGUCAUGUUUUCCAUGCGGGGAAAGGCGCAUAACUGUUGCGGUCUGUGUAACAAUGGCAGGAGUAGGGGGCGUUAGGAGACCAUCGUCCGGGGGAACGUAGUUCCUCGCGUUCUUGUCUUCGCCUUGGCCUUUCUAAUAAGUGCGGCCGUUGUGAUCCGCUGUGAUAGC